UUCAGCACCUCUCAUUGUUCCCUGGAUUACUAUGGAGUCUCUUAAAGUAUCCCUCUCUCCUUCUCCAGGUUUACCUACGAAAGGCAAUCUGAGGGCUGAAUAACAGGUGGCAGGGGUCAGCAAGACUCUCAGUCAGAACAGCGUUGGAUGUUUGUUGCAGAUUCAUGGGCCUGAAAGACCAUCUGGAUGAUGGAACAGGCCACAUCCUCGAACUGGGGCUGGAUCUAGACUACCUUGAUGUCAAGGCUACAGACCAGCACACUGGCGCAGACGCUGGACUUAUCAUGGACAGUGGUUUAUCUGACAUGGGUGACAUUGUGCCCCCCUGCACUAGAAGCUGCGGUUCUUCUCCACAAGAUAACUCAGAGGAAAGUGCAGCGUCAGACAGUGAGCCUGCACAUAGCCACAGUCAUCCUCUUGUUGAUAUGCUUGGUGAAGGGUCCAUCCAUUCAGUCCACCCACCACACUCUAAGUCUCCAUGUCUGGAUAUGGAUUCACUAGUUGUGGAUAUAGUACACCAAGAGCCAGGCCCUGUGAAUACACUCAGGGAAUACCAGACAAAGAUGGAGUUUGCCCUUAAACUUGGCUAUGCAGAAGACUUAGUUCGGCUGGUUCUAAACAAGCUCGGGUCAGAUGCACUGAUCAAUGAUGUUCUUGGGGAGCUGGUAAAACUGGGCAGUAAGCCAGAGAAUGAGGGUGGGACACAGAAUCUCUCCCAAUCCACUUCCACAUCAUCAUCAUCAUCAUCCUCUGGCACAUCUUUCGACAGUUUCUCUGACUUACUUGACUCUCGCCAGUCAGAGUCUCCCUUUGUGGAAGAUAAGGAUAACUUCCGCCCGAUUGUUAUUGAUGGCAGCAAUGUGGCCAUGAGCCAUGGCAAUAAGGAGAUGUUCUCCUGUCAAGGCAUUCAGCUCGCAGUUGACUGGUUUCUUGAACGUGGCCAUCGAGACAUAACCGUUUUUGUUCCGGCCUGGAGGAAAGAACAGUCCCGUCCCGAUGCUCUUAUCACAGAUCAGGAGAUUUUGAGACGUCUGGAAAAGGAUAAGAUUCUUGUAUUUACACCAUCACGUCGUGUCCAGGGCCGCAGAGUAGUCUGCUAUGAUGACAGGUUUAUUGUUAAGCUAGCUUAUGAAUCAGAUGGCAUUAUUGUCUCCAAUGACAACUACAGAGACUUGGCUGUUGAGAAACCGGAAUGGAAAAAAUUUAUUGAUGAACGCCUUCUGAUGUACUCCUUUGUAAAUGAUAAGUUUAUGCCUCCUGAUGAUCCUUUGGGUCGACAUGGGCCAAGUCUGGAGAAUUUUCUUAGAAAAAGACCCAUCAUUCCAGAGCAUAAGAAACAGCCCUGUCCAUAUGGAAAGAAAUGUACCUACGGGCAUAAGUGUAAGUUUUACCAUCCAGAGCGUGGUACACAGCCACAGCGAGCGGUAGCAGAUGAGCUCCGUGCCAGUGCCAAGAACUCCACAGUUAAAAGUGUGGGAGAGACAGGUCUCGUGAAAAGCCACAGUGAGCCUGGAGGCUUCCAUAAUGAUAAAGCUUGUGACGGUAAACGAUCUCUGCCAAAGAGGCAACUGGACCCCAGUAUCCGUGCCCACUCUUACAGUGAUGUGGAAGAUAAACUGUGCUCCAAAACUAAAGCAGACCUGUAUAAGAGCAACCUAGCUCUUCCUCCAGCUCCAGGAGGUCCUCCUUCCUGUCAUGGGUAUAGCCACGACCUGAAAGAUCACAAGCAGAUUCAAGCAGAACCACACGCAAACUGUGAAUCUCCCGAUCUGUAUUACUCCAUGGUUAGGGCAUAUUCUGGUCUAAGCCUGCCCUCUCAGAACAGUCCAGAUCGUCACUUCCUGUCUGAUGCUGAUCCACGGACAAGCUCAGUGGCAUCAGAUUGCAGCAGUGAUGGCAGCAUGAGCUCCGAUUCUUAUGGCAUGGCAACCCACAAUGAGCAUUCUUGCAUGAGUUCUUCUGAUUUGCUACUGGAUGAAGGAAUCAAGUGUCCUCACCACCAACAUCAUCGUAGAAAUUAUCAGUUACCCUCUGUUAUUCCUCCAGGGUUCAUUCUCUCUCCUGCUACAUCUAAUCACCCAGGAUUCCACCACAGUAUACCUCAUGUUCAUAGUUUUGCUCCAGAAGACCAGCAAGACCCCCAUUUCCACCACUCUGUCUCCUACAGCAAGCAUCAAGUGAUAGGCUCCCGCUCAAGCUAUCCUGGAGACUAUCCUCCUCUCUUCCAGAACAACACUCACUCCCAGAACUCUCCUCUGGGUCGUGGCCUUGCUUCAACACUUGUGGACAGCAUGUCAGACUCUUAUGAACACUCUCCACUGCUUCCUAAAAAACCCUAUGUAUCCCAAGAGCGAAAGACCAGCUGGGGUACAUAUUACAGACAGCACUCACAACAAUGCUACGAGCCCAUCGGUUUCCAGGGUCUUUCAAAGAAUCGUGAACAGAUGUGGAGGAUGCCCUGGGGCUGUCCUUCUGCUCCUCCACCCCACCAUCUGCCCCAUGCUUUAUCACACCAGCACCAGGAGCCACUUGCCUUGAGUCGUUACCAGGAAGCACGAGAGAAAGUGUUUACCAACCUGUGCAACAUUUUUCCCACAGAGCUAGUGCAGUUGGUCAUGGGGCGGUACCCUCAUGUGACUGACGCCCAACAGCUGGCAGCAGCCAUUUUGGCAGAAAAGAACUAUGCUGGAUACUAAGCACUGAGGGAAAUGAAAAUACUCUCAUCAUUUACUCACACAUUUACUCUCACACAUCAUUUACUCUCACAUUUUCACAAAUGUGUGAGUUUCUUUCUUCAGAUGAACACAAACAGAGAAUUAUUAUGAUUUUUAUUACUAUUAUUUUUUUAUAUAAAUCUCUGGGGAGACCAUAAAUACACUCACCUAAAGGAUUAUUAGGAACACCAUACUAAUACUGUGUUUGACCCCUUUCGCCUUCAGAACUGCCUUAAUUCUACGUGGCAUUGAUUCAACAAGGUGCUGAAGCAUUCUUUAGAAAUGUUGGCCCAUAUUGAUAGGAUAGCAUCUUGCAGUUGAUGGAGAUUUGUGGGCUGCUUAUCCAGGGCACAAACCCCCGUUCCACCACAUCCCAAAGAUGCUCUAUUGGGUUGAGAUCUGGUGACUGUGGGGGCCAUUUUAGUACAGUAAACUCACUGUCAUGUUCAAGAAACCAAUUGGAAAUGAUAGUAGCUUUUGACAUGGUGCAUUAUCCUGCUGGAAAUAGCCUUCAGGGGAUGGGCACAUGGUGGUCAUAAAGGGAUGGACAUGGUCAGAAACAAUGCUUAGGUAGGCCGUGACAUUCAAACGAUGCCCAAUUGGCACUAAGGGGCCUAAAGUGUGCCAAGAAAACAUCCCCCACACCCUUACACCAUCACCAAAAGUCUGCACAGUGGUAACAAGGCAUGAUGUUCUCAUUCUGUUUAUGCCAAAUUCUGACUCUACCAUCUGAAUGUCUCAACAGAAAUUGAGACUCAUCAGACCAGGAAACAUUUUUCCAGUCUUCAACUGUCCCAUUUUGGUGAGCUCUUCUGCUGUUGUAGCCCAUCCACCUCAAGGUUGUGCAUGUUGUGGCUUCACAAAUGCUUUGCUGCAUACCUCGGUUGUAACGAGUGGUUAUUUCAGUCAAAGGUACUCUUCUAUCUGCUUGAAUCAGUCGGCCCAUUCUCCUCUGACCUCUAGCAUCAACAAGGCAUUUUCGCCCACAGGACUGCCGCAUACUGGAUGUUCUUCCCUGUUCACACCAGUCUUUGUAAACCCUAGAAACUGUUGUGUUUGAAAAUCCCAGUAAUUGAGCAGAUUGUGAAAUACUCAGACCGGCCAGUCUGGCACCAACAUCCAUGCAAUGCUCAAAAUUGCUUAAAGGGUUAGUUCACCCAAAAAUCAAAAUUAUUUUAUUAAUUCUUCUCUUCCAGGUCUGUUGUGAGCGCAUUCACUGCAGUGUAUGAUAUCCAGUUUGCGAAUGAAUCAUCCGAUGUAACCGGAUCUUCUUGAACCAGUUCACCAAAUCGAACUAAAUCGUUUGAAAUGGUUCGCGUCUCCAAUAACCAUUAAUCCACAAAUGAUUUAAGCUGUUAACUUUUUUAAUGUGGCUGACACUCCAUCUGAGUUAAAACAAACCAAUAUCCUGAAAACGGUUCACCGGUUCUUUUGUGCUCGGCGUAAUGGUGUCAUUGGCGAUAUCCGAUAUCCUAAGCCUUCGGUUUACCUGGGCUUAUAACAUUAGCACAUAAUCAGUUCAGAAUCAAUCACCAAAAGAACCAGUUUGGUUCAGACACUCUGUGUGUCAUUCUGCUUCACGCUGAAUCACACAUGCUCAUCAGCUCCUCGGUUCUCGAAUCGGAUGAGUCCGACAGAAACGG